AUGCUGCCAACAGGUGCUGGCCCAUCGACACGCUCCGGCAAGGCCCCGUCUGCGGAUGCAUUGCUGAGGAAGAGGCUGGAGUCACUGGGAAGUGUGUCUCGAGCCAAACCCAUCACCGUGUUGUCACCACCGAAGCCGCCAAAGGCUUCAACUGACGCCACGGUGACGGGGGAGACCAGCUCGCUUCUGCCUGCUGAGAAAAAGCUGCCGCCUCCAUCUCGGAAGAGGAAGCUUGCAGUGGAGUUCCCUGACGACUAUGGGUCGGCAGAUGCGCCACGGGUUCAGCUUUGGCCUGAAGUCGACCGCCUCUGGAUGCCGUCAAGCCGGGGGCGCCAGGAAUCUUUGUCCCUAGUAGCUGCAACUGUCGAGAGCGUCUCGGAUGCAUGGAGGGCCCUGCAAUCUGCUCUAGCCACACGUCAUCAUGUCAUCAUGUUAGAAGAUCAAAUAGUAAAACUGAAAAAUGACAUGAAGAAGGCAAAACAGGAAGCUGGUCGUCUUGGCGGUGUGGCGAAGGAGGCGAUGGCAAGAGCUGAGGCGCUGCAGGUGAGUCAAGAGAAGGGGGCUGCUAAGGUGGCACAGUUGAACGCCGAGAAGGAGACGCUGGUUGCUGAGGUCGACGAGCUGAAGACGUCUCUCUCCAAAGUCAGGGCGAGGAUUUACGAGUGUGCUGGUUACUACACUUGGAAAAUGAAGGCCGAGAUGAUGGAGGAGUUCAAGGCGGGCAAACAUGUGAACUGGACUCCUGACGAAGACAUUGCUCAGUUCAACACUGCAUUCCCCGAGGACUAUAUCCCCCUGGUGCCGUUAGCGAUGAAGAAGACGUUGAGGAGGGUGCAACUGCAACCAGCCCCAAUGUCGAGACGAUGGCGACACCAGGCGAUGACGAACAAGGGGAGAAUGCAGGCCCAGCAGACCAUCAGGAGUAGUUCUGUCCCCCCCCCCCCCCCCUCAAAAAAUUUAAAAUUUUAAUGUUGUUUUUGUGAAACAAUGGCUUGUUUUAAACAAUAUUUUGUGUGUUCGGCCUUUGGGAAGGUCGAAAAGAUAUUUGUGGCUGUGUUUCGCCUUGAA